AUGGCUCCUCCGUCGCCUCUACCGGAAUUCGUGUACAAGAUUGUGCCUUCGGCGCCUCCAACGCCAAUCCCAUCUGAGUAUCCCCUCUCAGAACUUGACCAGAAAGAUGGAUUUGUCCAUCUGAGCAUCGGUUCGCAAAUUCCCAUCACGGCAGACCUCUUCUUCAAAGAGGCUACUUCCAUCUGGGUCCUCAAGCUGCGGUUCGCGCCCAAGUUUCACUCUGCGACGACGUGGGAGGUCCAAGGAUGUCCGCACCUGUACGGGAACUUCGGCGCCGAGGAUGUCGAUAGCGUCAAGGAGCUCUCGCGAUUGGAGGGCGAGAGCUGGAAGGAGUCGUUGGAGAGGGAGAGCGAUUGGCUGGUUUAA